AUGGAUGAUACAAUGGAUGACAUGGAGAUGGAUGAUCUAAUAGAUUUGGUUGAUAAAUGUUAUAAAGAACUGCACACAGUGCCCUUAACUUACGAACAGAUCUACAAUCAAGAACAACGAGAACGAAAAAUUUUGAAGAUCGGCAAAACCAUGCAUUUCAAUGCAGAGUAUCUCGAAACGAAAAUUGGAGAAGCAAUCCUCAAGUUUUGGGAAAAUACUCAUGAUAGGGCUGAGAAGCAAAAUCUAAAUCCACAUUUUCUGAAAUUCCACGACAAGAAUCUGAAGGAACAAAUUCACCAAAGUUUGGAAAAAGGAUUGAAGAAAGGAAUGGAUUUGAUCGUGAGACAUGAUGUUGAUAAAUUACUCAAGCAAAUAGAGAAAGAGAAGAAGGAAAAAGAUCACAAGAACAAGCAAAAAGAGGAAAAUGUGAAGGAUUCAGGACAGGGCGAGGAUGGCCAACACACUGAGCUUCGAUAA